CCAAGAAUGAGACUCAGCGAGAGUCUGGAGGACUCCUUCGCUGGCCCUGCACCACAAAACCCCUCAAAGACCCCCUUGUCGGACCCAGUACGGAUCUCCAAAGAGGAUUUAACGCAAGGUCUUGAAAGGUAGAAACCAUCCAACUUCAUCCACUAUCUUCUCAACUGCAACGUUUCUCGUGGAUACACUGGAGACCACCAGGAGAGACAAUAAGGGGGGGGGGGGUCUUCAUUUUGAGAGAGGUGCUUAUGGAAGACAAUGGGAGGUCUUAAACCCGCUCGGACGACAGUGAAACCCGCUCACGCUUCCUGCCAUGGUCCAGUCAUGUGACGCCUGAUGUCCUGGAGUCAAGCCAACGCUGAACCAUGGUCAUUCUGCAGCAGGGCGACUAUGUGUGGUUGGACCUCAAAACGGGCCGCGAGUUUGACGUUCCUGUGGGGGCGGUAGUCAAACUGUGUGACUCUGGCGAGAUCCAAGUCCUGGACGAUGAAGGCCGGGAACACUGGAUCUCCCCUCAGAACGCCACCCACAUCAAGCCCAUGCACCCCACCUCCAUCCAGGGGGUGGAGGACAUGAUCCGAUUGGGUGACCUCAACGAAGCGGGCAUCCUGCGCAACCUGCUGAUCCGUUACAACGAACGCGUCAUCUAUACAUACACCGGUUCAAUUCUAGUGGCCGUCAAUCCCUACCAGCUGCUGCCCAUCUACACUCCCGACCAGAUCCGCUUGUACACCAACAAGAAGAUAGGCGAGAUGCCACCGCACAUCUUCGCCAUCGCUGACAACUGCUACUUCAACAUGCAGCGCAACAACAAGGACCAGUGCUGCAUCAUCAGCGGUGAGUCCGGAGCCGGGAAGACCGAGAGCACCAAGCUGAUUCUUCAGUUCCUGGCGGCCAUCAGCGGUCAGCACUCCUGGAUCGAGCAGCAGGUCCUGGAGGCCACACCCAUCCUCGAAGCCUUCGGCAACGCCAAGACCAUCCGCAACGACAACUCCAGCCGCUUUGGGAAGUACAUCGACAUCCACUUCAACAAGCGAGGGGCCAUCGAAGGAGCCAAGAUAGAACAGUACCUGCUGGAGAAGUCCCGUGUGUGUCGGCAGGCACCAGAUGAGAGGAACUACCAUAUUUUCUACUGCAUGUUGAAGGGCAUGCUCCCAGAGAUGAAGGCCAAGCUGGGCCUGGGUCUGGCUACAGACUACUGCUACCUCACCAUGGGUCACUGCAGCGAGUGCGACGGUCGCGACGAUCUGACCGACUACUCCAGCAUCUUGGGGGCCAUGAAGGUGCUCAUGUUCACCGAGACGGAGACCUGGGAGAUCUCCAAGCUGCUGGCCGCCAUCUUGCACAUGGGGAACCUGAGAUUUGAGGCUCGUACAUAUGACAACUUAGAUGCCUGCGUUGUCGUCAGAUCACCUGACCUGGUCACCGCUGCUUCCCUCAUGGAGGUGGAGCCCAAGGAUGUCAUGGUGUGUCUGACCACUCGAACUCUGAUCACACGCGGCGAAAGUGUAGCCACACCUCUCAGUGUGGAACAAGGCCUGGAUGUUCGCGACGCCUUCGUUAAGGGUAUUUACGGCAGAUUGUUUGUGUGGAUCGUGGACAAGAUCAACGCUGCCAUAUACAGACCGCCGUCCUGCGAUGACAGUAACAUCAUGCGUCGGUCCAUCGGCUUGUUGGACAUCUUUGGAUUCGAGAACUUCAUCGUUAACAGUUUUGAGCAGCUGUGCAUCAACUUCGCCAACGAGAACCUGCAGCAGUUCUUCGUGCGGCACGUCUUCAAGCUGGAGCAGGAAGAGUACAACUUGGAGGACAUCAGCUGGCAGCACAUCGAAUUCACCGACAACCAGGACGCACUGGACAUGAUCGCCAACAAACCCAUGAACAUUAUCUCCCUCAUUGACGAGGAGAGCAAGUUCCCCAAGGGAACUGAUGCCACCAUGUUGUACAAGCUCAACUCACAGCACAAACUCAACUCCAACUACAUCCCGCCGAAAAACAGCUACGCGAGCCAAUUUGGUAUCCAACACUUUGCUGGUGUGGUGCACUACGAGACCAGAGGCUUCCUGGAAAAAAACCGUGACAGCCUCCACACGGACAUCAUCCAGCUCGUCCACUCAUCUAAGAACAAGUUCAUCAAGCAGAUCUUCCAGGCAGACGUGGCCAUGUUUCUCUGUGGCUAUCAGCAGCCCAGCACGCCUGCUCCCAAGGGUGUGGAGACCAGGAAGCGCUCGCCGACGCUGAGUAGCCAGUUCAAGCGUUCGCUGGAGAUGCUGAUGCGCACGCUCAGCGUAUGUCAGCCCUUCUUCGUCCGCUGCAUCAAACCCAAUGAGCUCAAGAAACCCAUGCUGUUCGACAGAGAGCUGUGCAUCCGUCAGCUGCGCUACUCUGGUAUGAUGGAGACCAUCCGGAUCAGACGGGCCGGCUAUCCCAUCCGAUAUUCCUUCGGCGAGUUUGUGGAUCGUUAUCGAGUCCUCUUGCCCGGCGUCAAACCUGCCCACGUACAAGAGAACCUGCGAGGAACUUGCCAGCAGAUAGUCCUGGCCAGACUGGGAAGACACGGAGACUGGCAGAUCGGAAAAACCAAGAUUUUCCUCAAGGAUCACCACGACAUGCAGCUGGAGAUUGAGCGGGACAAGGGCAUCACCGACAAGGUCAUCCUCAUCCAGAAGGCGGUGCGUGGACUUAAGCAGAGGACCACCUUCCUCCGACUGAGGAGUGCUGUAACCGUCCUCCAGAAGCUUUGGCGAGGUUAUCGCUGCAGGAAGAACUACAAAAUUAUGCGGCGUGGGUUCCUGCGGCUGCAGGCCGUCUACCGGGCCAGGAAGUACUACACGAGGUACCGCGCCACUCGCCGCCGCUUGGUCCUCAUCCAGGCCCGCUGCAGAGGGUUCCUCGUCCGCCAGACGUUCUGGCGGCGUCUCCACGCCGUGUUGACGAUCCAGGCCUACACGAGGGGCAUGAUAGCCAGACGCCUCGGCCAGAGGCUCAGGGCCGAGCUGCUGCAUCGCCUGGACGCCGAGCGCCAGCGUCUGGCCGAGGAGGAGCGGCUCUGCAACCAGAUGACGGCGAGGCGCGCCAAGGCCGAGGCGGACCGGAAGCACCAGGAACGCCUGGUCCAGCUGGCCCAGCAGCAGAAGGAGCGCGAGCGCGAGGAGCGGGAGGAAGCGCGCAGGAAGAAGGAGUUGCUGGAGCAGAUGGAAAGGGAGCGCGAGCAGCCGGUGGACCACUCGGACAUGGUGGACCGCAUGUUCGGGUUCCUGGGGAACCCCGGACCGCUGCCUAACCAGGACGGACAAGCCCCCGCUGGCUUUGAGGACUUGGUGAACAUGCCCCGUGGUGAGGAGGCCGAGGUGGAGGUGGUGAAUGAGGCUCUGCCGUUACCAGAUGAGGAAGAUGAGGAUCUGUCCGAGUACAAGUUCUCAAAGUUCGCAGCCACAUACUUCCAAGGCGUCUCCACCUACACAUACAUCAAACGACCGCUGAAGCAGCCAUUGCUCUUUCACGAGGAUGAAGGAGACCAGCUGGCCGCGUUAGCCGUGUGGAUCACCGUGCUGCGGUUCAUGGGCGACCUGCCUGAGCCCAAAUGUCAACUGGUCCUAAAUGACGGCAGUGAAAAGAUCCCCGUCAUGACCAAGAUCUACGAAACCCUCGGCAAGAGGACCUACAAGAGGGAGCUGCAGGAGUUGCAGUUGGACGCAGAGAACAGCUCCAUCGAAAGUCAGAAGAGGAACAGUGUUCGACAUAAGCUUGUGUCUCUCACCCUGAAGAGGAAGUCCAAGAUCACUGAAGAGGUGACCAGGCGGUUGACUGAGGGGGACUACGGCCUCCAGGGGAACAGCAUGCUGGAGGACCGACCUACCUCCAACCUGGAGAAACUUCACUUCAUCAUCGGAAACGGCAUCCUCAGGCCUGCCCUCAGGGAUGAGAUCUACUGUCAAAUCUGCAAGCAGCUCUCUCAGAAUCCGUCCAAGAGCAGCCAUGCCCGUGGAUGGAUCCUCCUGUCACUCUGUGUCGGCUGCUUUGCACCCUCAGAGAAGUUUGUCAAGUAUUUGCGGACAUUCCUGGUCAACGGCCCUCCCGGUUAUGCGCCAUAUUGCGAGGAAAGACUGCGGAGGACAUUCGUCAACCGCACACGAACGCAGCCCCCGUCUUGGUUGGAGUUACAGGCUACAAAAUCAAAGAAGCCCAUCAUGCUGCCAGUAACGUUUAUGGAUGGAACCACCAAGACUCUCCUGGCGGACUCUGCCACCACCGCCAGUGAGCUUUGCAACGCUCUGGCAGACAAGAUCAACCUCACAGAUCGCUUCGGUUUCUCGUUGUACAUCGCUCUCUUUGACAAGGUGUCAUCAUUGGGCAGCAGCAGCGACCAUGUUAUGGACGCCGUCUCCCAGUGUGAGCAGUAUGCCAAGGAACAGGGCGCCCAGGAGCGCAACGCUCCAUGGAGGCUGUUUUUCAGGAAGGAGAUCUUCACUCCGUGGCACGACCCCGCCAACGACUACGUGGCCACAAAUCUGAUUUAUCAGCAGAUCGUGCGAGGGGUGAAGUUUGGAGAGUACCGCUGCGAGAGGGAGGAAGACCUAGCUGAGCUGGCCUCUCAGCAGUAUUAUGUGGAUUACGGCAUAGAAAUCCUGCAUGAUCGCCUCCUUAGCCUCAUCCCCUCCUACAUCCCCGACAGAGAGAUUACCUCCGCCAAGACUGCAGAGAAAUGGGCUCAGCUCAUCGUCACCGCCCACAAGAAGGGACUGUACAGUAAGAGGAGGCCCAACACACAGAAAGUGAAGGAGGAUGUGGUGUCUUUUGCUCGACUUAAGUGGCCUUUGCUGUUCUCACGCUUCUAUGAGGCCUUCAAAUUCUCAGGGCCAAGUCUGCCCAAGAAUGACGUUAUUGUGGCAGUAAACUGGACCGGCGUUUAUUUUGUCGAUGAGCAGGAACAGGUCCUUCUGGAGCUUUCUUUUCCAGAAAUCAUUGCUGUCUCCAGUAGCAGAGGAGGAAAACUCCAAGGCCAGAGUUUUACGUUGGCCACCAUCAAAGGAGACGAGUACACAUUCACAUCCAAUAACGCAGAGGACAUCAGAGAUCUAGUGGUCGCAUUCUUGGAAGGUCUGAGAAAGCGGUCCAAGUUUGUGGUCGGACUGCUGGACUGUCCCAACCCUGCAGGUGCAGAGUCCACAUUCCUGAGUUUCUCCAAAGGGGAUCUAAUCAUACUGGAUGAACACGACGGAGAGCAAGUGAUGAACUCCGGCUGGGCUCACGGGAUCAAUGACAGGACCAAACAGCGAGGAGACUUCCCGGCCGACUGUGUUUAUGUUCUGCCCACUGUCACCAGACCGCAAUACGACAUUGUGGCGCUGGUGACGAUGACUCCAGAUCAGCGGCGGGAAUCUGUGACGUUGUCCCAGUUGAGCCUUGCCGACAGCGAGGAUAAAAGCAAAGCCUACACGCUGGAGGAGUUCUCCUACGAUUACUUUAGGCCUCCUCCAAAGAGCACUCUGAGCAGGGUGAUGAUCUCCAAAACUCGAGGGAAGGAGCGUCUGUGGAGCUGCAGCCGCGAGCCUCUCAAGCAGCCUCUCUUGAAGAAGGUCUUAGCCCACGAGGAGCUUUCCCAGGAAGCCUGCCAGGUGUUCAUGGCUAUGAUGAAGUACAUGGGUGACUACCCGUCCAAACGAGCGCGUUCUGUCAACGAGCUCACCGAUCAGAUCUUCGAGGGAGCGCUGAAGGCUGAGCCGCUCAAAGACGAGAUCUUUUGUCAGAUUGUCAAACAGCUCACGGACAACCACAUCAAGUACAGUGAGGAGAAGGGAUGGGAGCUGUUGUGGCUAUGUACAGGCUUGUUUCCUCCUAGUAACAUCCUGUUGCCUCACAUCCAGAAGUUCCUCCAGGCCAAGAAGCACUACCCUCUGGCUCCGGAUUGCAUGCAACGGCUACAGAAAGCCUUACGUAGAAACGGGUCAAGGAAAUACCCUCCUCACCUGGUGGAGGUGGAAGCCAUCCAGCACAAAACCACCCAGAUCUUCCACAAAGUUUAUUUCCCAGAUGACUCGGACGAGGUGUUCGAAGUGGAGUCGAGCACCAAAGCUAAAGACUUCUGCCACAACAUUUCAGGACGUUUGAUGCUCAAAUCGUCUGAGGGGUUCAGCCUUUUUGUCAAGAUCACAGACAAGGUCAUCAGCGUGCCAGACGGCGACUUCUUCUUUGACUUUGUGCGCCACCUUACCGAUUGGAUCAAGAAAGCCAGACCCGUGAAAGAUGGUGUGUUGCCUUCACUGACCUACCAGGUGUUCUUCAUGAAAAAGCUGUGGACCACCACCAUGCCUGGGAAAGACUCAAUGGCUGACUCAAUCUUUCACUACUACCAAGAGCUGCCGAAGUACCUGCGAGGCUAUCACAAGUGUUCCAAAGAGGAAGUGCACCAGCUGGCGGCGCUCAUCUACCGGGUGAAAUUUGAGGACGACAAGUCUCACUUCCAGAACAUGCCCAAGAUUCUCAAGGACCUCGUCCCUCAGGACCAGAGCCGACAUCUGUCCGCCGACGACUGGAAGAGGUCGAUCAUGUCGGUGUUCAACAAACAAUCUGGAAAGACGAGAGAAGAAGCCAAACUGUCCUUCCUCAAAAUCAUCUACAAGUGGGCCACUUUUGGUUCGGCCUUCUUCGAGGUCAAGCAAACCACCGAUCCAAAUUACCCAGAAACCCUCCUGAUUGCCAUAAACAAACAUGGAGUCAGUCUGAUUGACCCAAAGUCGAAGGACAUCCUGACUACGCACCCCUUCACCAAGAUCUCCAACUGGAGCAGCGGUAACACCUAUUUCCACAUCACCAUCGGCAACCUGGUGCGUGGCAGCAAGCUGCUGUGUGAAACCUCGCUAGGCUACAAAAUGGAUGACCUGCUGACAUCGUACAUCAGCCAGAUGCUAACCACCAUGACCAAACAGCGAAGCUCUCGAUGUAGCAACAAGUGAACGACCAGCGACGCCAUCUUGGCCAUUAACACUCACUAUUUGCCUUCCAAUUAGCUUUUUUUAUGUUAGUUUCUCACCCGUAGGUGGUGUGCGUAGUUGACUAUUUCAUGGUUCAAUGUUAUUUAUGUACAUCACAUCUUUUUCAGACUCAAUUCACCGUUAAGAUCAAUUUAGAUUUUAGCCCAGUUACUCGUAAGCUGUUGUUUUAGGAAGCUAGCUAGCUUAUCCAUUUAAGAGGUAAGUAGCUUUUCUUAUUUAAAUCAAAAUUUCUCGAUAAGUAAGCAAACAAUGUGUCGAAUGUGUUCACCUCCAUUCAAGAUAUAAUAUAUAAUAUUUUGUUUUUUUUCUAAUUGUACAAAGCAUUAGUGUUUUAAACAUCCCCCAACACUCGACAACAUCUGCUGUAGACAUCAAUAAAUGACAUCGGAACACA